GGCAAAAGCCUAUCAUCACUAGUUUCAGUUGUUCCACUAAUCCAAAUUCUCAAAAAUGAAUGGCUAUCUUUGUUACACACCCAUCCCUCCCUAUUCACUCACUAUCUUCUACAACUAAAACCCCUCUCUCUCCCUCUCCCUUCUCAUACUCCCAACUAUGGCAACUCUUCAGUCUCUGGCUUUGGCCUCUCCUGUCUCUCACUCUUUCCUCAACCAACCACGCUCUCUCUCUGCUUUUACAAUUGGUACCAUUUUUCAAGAGUUAAAGCUUGGAGAGGCAAUUCGUUGUGAAAAUGGAAUACCAUCUUGGGUUGCUCACCGGAGCGCCAAUUCACAAUUCAAUGGGCAAUCUUUACAAGUGGCUCAAUCGCGAAUAUCACCUACAAGAUGGAACUCUAAGAGAUGCAGCCCCAUAGUAAUGAUGGUUAAACCAAAAAUUCAAUUCAUUCAAGGAACUGAUGAACAGACAACACCAGAUGUAAGGUUAACAAAGUCCAGAGAUGGUACAAAUGGUAUGGCUAUAUUCAGAUUCGACCAACCGUCCGUGUUUGAUUCAUCUAGUGAAGUUGGUGACAUCACUGGAUUCUACAUGAUUGAUGAGGAAGGAGUUCUUCAGUCCGUCGAUGUGAAUGCCAAAUUUGUGAAUGGGAAGCCUGCAGGUAUUGAAGCAAAGUACAUAAUGCGAACACCACGAGAGUGGGAUAGGUUCAUGAGAUUCAUGGAGCGAUAUUCUAAUGAAAACGGCUUGCAGUUCAUCAAAAAAUGAGGCAAUUCUAUUCUUCUUUCCCAAUACUCUUCACUUUGAUCUGUAUCCCUCCUUAGUGUUAUUUAUUUUUGUUUGAAGUAUAACUUGAAAUCUCAUGUAGCUUUUAUGCAGAUGGCUUAUAUUGGGUUAGAUCCCAAUGUAGGUUUCAUGCAAAUACCUCACUGCUUCCUUUUGCCCAACAAGCUUUUCUGUUUUCCCUUUUAUUUAUCAUAAAAUUGUUUACUUCA